GCUGCCUUAAUAGUGUGAUAAGUGUAAAGCAUGCAUGUAAUGUUUAAAAUAAAAACACCUCCUCGAAUACACAACAUAUGUCCUCUUUCUCAAACACGUACUCCCCCGUACACUUCCAAGUGUCUUCUCUUCACUUAAUGCUGCCCUUUUCUCAUUGGUUCUUCCUUCUCCUCAUUUCCAGCUCCCAUUUAUGUAUAUAUAAAAUCUUAUUCAUAGUAUCCAUUUUCAGGUACUCCACUCCUCAUCCAACCCUUUUUCACCCCCCAUCAAAUAAAAUCUCUUCUCCUUCUUGUUCCUAGGCUAGUUUUGGUUAAGUAAAAAAGAAGGAAAAAAUGAUGCAAACAUUGAACCCUUAUAAUACAGCAAAGACAGCUGAGAUCAUGGCUAGAUAUCGGCCUAUUGCACCAAAGCCUGAAAAUCCAGCCAGCCCAAAUGAUGAUUCCGGUGGUUCUUCUUCUUCGUCCUCUUCCAUUCCACAAGGGAUCAGGAAAUCGGCUUAUUUGAUGAACGUUUGGAACAAUUUGCAGGCUAGGCCCACCAGGACGAGAAAGCGAGGCCGGACUGCUCUUGGGCCUCCGCCCACUGUUAAACGAACCAGGACUUGUCUUCAAGGCCUCUUUCCUCCUCCUCCUCCUCCGGCUCCGGCUCAGGGACUAACGGCUGCGGCCCAAACUUUGGGUUUUGUUCAUGACCCAACGGCUCUGCCUUCUCUCUCUUUCUUUCCGAAUCUCUUACCCUUGAAAUGCGGGUUGGAGACUGCUCCCGUUACGACGCUUUCAAACGCCGUUUCUCUCCCGCUCAUGCCUGGCGGGGGAGGAGGUGGUUGCGCCGCCGUGAAGAAACCAGUUGGGUUGGAGUUAUUUGGCGGCGGGAUUGAUUUGAACAGGGCGGCGGCGGCGGAUGUCCCACAAGAAGUGGAUUUCGUGCAUCAACUUGAAAGUCCUAAAAAAGUUGGUGUGAUUUCGCCUCAGGCUGUCCGGCCGGUGGGUUCGAGCAUAACCGUCGGUGUCAUCUCCGAUGAGUAUCCGAUGACCACCGGGAAAAACCCGGAGAAGCGAGUGGAGUUGAUGAAGAAGAAGCCGGAGGAAGUGGAGAAAGAGAUGGAGUUCGAGGAGCUGCCGGCGGUGGUAACCGACUCGAACAACAAAGUCAGGCUGACGAAUGCGGCGUAUAAUGAGAUGGUGGGUCAGCCGGAGUGCCCGUGGCUUGAUUUCACGGCAGCCGCACGCGGCGGAGCCGGCGCAUGCAAGAGGAUCGGAGGGGAGGUGGUGAUGGAUCUCGCCGGCGACGUGAAGCCGAGGUUGUCGGCUUCAAAUCCCGACGGUUUUGGUUGUUGGGUGAGGAUUGAGUGGGGGAAAGAUGGGAAAAAGAAUGUGGUAAAUGCACAUUGCGAUGUGAUUCGGUUGGCUUGCGAGUCCAAAGAUUAUCUGUUUGAAUGGAGGUUUCACAUUAGAGAAGCAUCUGAAUCUUCUGGUUCUAAUGUUUGAAGAACAGAAUGGAAGUGUAGAUCCUUUUAAGUCGUUGUCGUUUUAGUUAGGGCAAAGCUGGUCCAUUUUUAAUUCCAGGCAGCUGCAAAAAUGUAGA